AUGUCUUCCACUGAUUACAAGUUCGAAGGCUGGGUAGGCCUCGGCCCCGACGCUGCCGAGGGAAAGAUGGUCUGGCAGGAAUUCGAGCCUAAGCCCUGGGAGGAGACCGAUAUCGAUAUCAAGGUCACUCACUGUGGUAUCUGUGGCUCGGAUUUGCAUACCCUGCGUAGUGGAUGGGGACCCACCAACUACCCUUGCUGUGUCGGCCACGAGGUCGUUGGAACUGCCGUCCGCGUCGGAUCCCAGGCUGAGGGAGAUAUCAAGAUCGGUGACCGUGUCGGUGUCGGCGCGCAGAGCGGCUCGUGCCAGAACAAGGAUGGCGACUGUGAAUCUUGUGCCUCGGGUCUCGAACAGCACUGCAAUAAGAUGGUCGGUACAUACAACGGUACCUAUGCCAACGGUGGCAAGUCGUACGGCGGUUACUCCACAUACAACCGCUCUCCCUCGCACUUCGUGAUCAAGAUCCCCGAUGCUAUCUCCUCUGCCGAUGCGGCACCUAUGCUCUGCGGUGGUAUUACUACCUACUCGCCUCUUAAGCGCAACGGCUGCGGUCCCGGAAAGACCGUUGGUGUCGUUGGUGUCGGUGGUCUCGGUCACUUUGCUAUUUUGUUCGCCAAGGCGCUCGGUGCUGAUCGCGUCGUCGCCAUCUCCCGCAAGUCUGAUAAGAAGGAGGAUGCGCUGAAGCUCGGUGCGGAUGACUUCAUCGCUACCGGUGAGGAUGAAGACUGGGCUACCCGCCACGCUAGCUCUCUUGACUUGAUCAUCUCCACUGCCUCCUCUUCCAAGAUGCCUAUUGUCCAGUACUGUGGACUUUUGCGUGUCCGCGGUACCUUCAUUCAGCUCGGCGCCCCCGAGGAUGGCGCUCUUGAGAUCCCGGCUUUCGUGCUCAUCGUGAAGGGUCUCAAGCUCGGCGGCUCUUUGAUCGGUAGCCCUGAUGAGAUUCGGGAGAUGUUGGAGUUGGCUGCUGCCCAGGGUGUCAAGCCUUGGAUCCAGGAGCGCCCAAUGAAGGAUGCCAACCAGGCCAUCGUUGAUAUGAACAAUGGUGAUGCUCGAUACCGCUAUGUUCUCACGAAUGAGCAGUAA